AUGGUAAUGAAUAAUCGUUUCAUAGAGUCAUAUUCUGCAAUUUACAAAAAAAUAUAUGAAAAAUACCAUCCAACAGUACCUCAACUUAAACCAUCAUUAAUUAACCAUGUCAAUCCUAAAGUUAAUAUUGAGGACCCAAUAUUUCGAGCAAUUAUGGAUGAUGAUUUAAAAACAUUUAUUUUAUUAACAGAAAUGGAGUCAUUUGAUAAAAACAAAACAUUAUCAAGUGGAAUCUAUCCAUAUAAUAACAAAAGAUACACAUUACUUGAAAUAUGUAGUUACCAAGGAGCAGCAAAUUGUUUCAAAUUUUUAAGAACAGAAUAUGAAUCAAAGAUUACAGAUAUCUGCCUUGGAUUAUCAUUUUUAGGAGGAAAUGCAGAUAUAAUAAGCGAAUGUUUGAAAUACCAAAAGCCAAAUGAUAUAUGCAUGAAGUAUGCAAUUGCUUCGCAUAAUAUUGAUUUUGUCACAUUUUUGAUGAAUGAACAUCAGCUAGGUAUCAAAAUAGAUUCAUGCUGCCAUUACAACAAUCUUUAA